AAAAAAACAAAACAAAACUGCACUAGCCCAGGGUUAUAUCAGUGAGCACCACGGAGUGAUCCUCUUCCGCCUUGCUCUUUCUUUGUGCGGUUGUGCAGUAGAACGAAAAGCCAAGCUUUAAAUAAAAUUUCUUUCAGCUGCGCAUGCGUUUGCCCUGGGAAAUUUGAAGAAAGAAGAAGACGGAAGAGGAUUGCUUCAUGGUGCUCACUUUUAUAACCCCCAGAGCCGGUGCAGUUUUCUGCUGAUAGGUGCACGGCCCGGGGUUUCAGAACUGUUUCUCGCGCUUCAUCACCCGCCUAUACCAUUACGGCAGCCUCGCAUAGAGAAUCACGUGACACAAAGAUGAUCACCUGACGAGCGUCUUCCCUGCUGAUCACAUGAUGGACCAGCGCCUUGUGGAUUGGUAGUGAAACCACCGAUUCGUGCAGACGUAAGCCUCGGGGGGCGUGUCUGGAAGCGGAGGCAAACAAACAUGGAGGUUAUCUUUCAUGAAAAAGUAAGUUCAGACUGGAUUUCUGAAGAUGGUUUUAUUGCGCGACAUGGUAGCACAGGAAUGGGAAUGGUAUUCUUCACUACUGACACGCUGCAAGAGGGUUCUUUGUGUGCCCAGCACUGCCUGAAUAAUUUGCUACAAGGGGAAUACUUUAGUGCUGUGGACUUAUCGUCUAUCGCCAUGCAACUAGAUGAGCAGGAGCGAAUAAGAAUGGCAGAAGGUGGUGUAGGAACUGAAGAUUAUAGAACAUUCAUACAACAACCAUCUGGAAAUAUGGAUGACAGUGGGUUUUUUUCAAUCCAGGUUCUAAAUGAUGCCUUGAGAGUAUGGGGAUUAGAAUUACUCAUCUUCAACAGUCAAGAGUAUAGGAACCGUGGAAUUGAUCCUAUAAAUGAAAGGGCAUUUAUUUGUAAUUAUAAGGAUCACUGGUUUACAGUACGAAAGUUAGGAAAGCAGUGGUUUAACUUGAAUUCGCUUUUGACGGGUCCAGAGCUGAUUUCAGACACCUACCUUGCACUUUUCUUAGCCCAAUUACGACAGGAAGGUUAUUCCAUAUUUGUAGUUAAGGGCGAUCUCCCUGACUGUGAAUCAGAUCAGCUGCUGCAGAUGGUUCUGGUGCAGCAAUUGCAACGGCCACGUCUAAUAGGAGAGGAUGCUGCAGCAAGAGACCAACGAGUACAAAGAAGUGAAGCUGGAAUAGAAGGUGGCCAGUUAUAUGAUUCCCCUGCUGUGAUGGAUGAGGAUGAAGAGAAUUUCCAAAAAGCACUUGCUCUUAGUAGGCAGCAGAUUGACAUGGAAGAUGAAGAAGCAGAUUUACGGAGGGCAAUUCAACUCAGUAUGCAAGGUGGUCAUGAAAGUGAGUUUACAGAAUCACUAGUGUCUAGUACUCCGCAGACAUCAGGGAACAGUAAGCCUGGAACCCUCACAUCAGAGGAACUUCGGCAAAAGAGACAAGCCUACUUUGAAAAGUUUAAAAUGGAACAUCUCCGCUCAGAGCAACUAAAACAAACUACAAGUGCACAACCAUUGGACUCUGAAGAUAAAGGCCUGAGUGAAGAAAAAGUGUUAAAAGCUGCAACAAAUAUGUCUCUGGAUACAGGGGAACAGAGCUCUAAUUCUGCAAAGAAGAACUGACCAGAUGCUUUGCACUAGACAAUUGUUCUGCAGUUUUGUGUGAGUGUUGACACAGGUAGUGAGGACAUAUAAAUACAUUUUUACUUCUGGACCAUGUAUGCUUGGAAGAAAAUCCAGUACUUUUAUGACAGUCUCUUAUGCUGUAUGUUUUUGUUUCCAAAAUGACCUUUGGCUCUACACUUUCCCAUUUUGAUUUCACUAUAUAUUAUGUCAUAAAUAAGGUUUGUUAUACAAUAUAACUCAGCCUAAUAAAAGCUUCUGUAAGGCUCAUCAUGACCAAACAAAGCUUCCAAAUAACCAGCUUUGAUAACUAUUUCUUGUAUGACUGACCUGUCAAUUUCUAGAGAGCCUGUCCUGGAAAUGGAUUUAAAAUGUAUCUUGAAAGGUGAAAGGUUAAUGGUGCUUCUAAUAAUGUUUACAAAUAAUUGCUGUUGUUGAUGUGCGGUACUUAACUCAAGCAUAAUGUUUUGUAACAUAUGUGACCGUGCACUACAACUACUAACUCAGCUUGAGGAGUUUGAGGUACAAGUGAUCUGGGAGCCUGUACAAUUAUAUAAACAACUGGGUCUUACAUUUUUUGGUGUAUUGAAAUGAGUGAAUGAUAAGGAAUGGGUACAUGCAGAACGUAUAUAGGAAAUGUCUAAAUAACAAUUGCCGUUAUAAACAAGUUUCUGCAAUAUAACUAUCACAAUUGUAACGCAAGCUAUAUAUGUUAAAUGUUCAUAUUUGUAUUGUACUCAGGAGGGUUGUAAUUAUACAUUGACUCUGCCAGAAAACUGGCAACUUAUUAA